UAUCGGACAAUAUUUCGUUCGAAUUUCGAAUUUUUUUAACGCCGAGCAAUCGAUCACCGUAUGGAACUUCGGUUUCAGUUAAGAAUUUCGUUGAAAAGCUUUCCUUGGACAAGUCAGGAGCUUAAUAAUUGAUGUGUGAAAAGGACUGGAAAAGUUGUAAUUGGGGAGCGGUUCGAUUGAUUCAACUUCAACGUGAUUGCUGAUUCAGCGCGCGAUUUUUGUUUUUUCGGAAGAAGGAAAUUUUGGUUGAAAGACAACUUUUUGGGGAUCACAGGAUUGUUAGCCCUUUGCUUGUGGUUAUUCUCAACCAGAAUGGAUUUCUCUAAAAUCUAUGCGCGUUGAGGAACGAAGAGUGAUCGUUGAAUUUCACAGCUAGGAUGUCAUGCUGGAGUAGGUGAUGGAAAUUCCUCCUGGGGGUGCAACUACUGAUAGAGACGGCAAUGGAGAUCAGACAUCCAGAGUAGCUUCUGACAUGAAUUACAUUGCUGGAAACACAGAAGACCAACCGGUAGAUGAGGUGGAUUUUGCUGGAGUUCAAACAUUCUAUGGCAAGAUCCCAACUACGUUUCGUGACCCGAGCUCUGCACCCCUAAGAAAGCUCAGUGUGGACUUGAUCAAAACUUACAAGCACAUUAACGAGGUGUAUUAUGCCAAGAAAAAGAAACGCAAGGAGUUGGAGAAGAAUGAUGAAGGAGGCCACAAAAAAGAGCCGCGACUGCACAAUGAUGGCUAUGACGAUGAAAACUUUGAUUACAUCAUUAAAACAGGGGAGAAGUGGUUUGAUCGCUAUGAGAUUGAGUCUCUCAUAGGAAAAGGCUCAUUUGGCCAGGUGUGCAAAGCGUAUGAUCAUCAGGAAAACGAAUACAUCGCUAUAAAGAUAAUCAAAAACAAGAAGCCAUUUUUGAAUCAAGCUCAGAUAGAAGUUCGUUUGCUGGAGCUAAUGAACUCACACGAUCCGGAUGGAAAAUACUACAUCGUGCGGCUUAAGAGACACUUUAUGUACAGGAAUCAUUUGUGCUUAGUGUUCGAACUGUUAUCGUACAAUUUGUACGACUUGCUACGAAACACGAACUUUAGAGGAGUGUCAUUGAAUUUGACGAGGAAAUUCGCGCAGCAGAUGUGCACCGCGUUACUGUACUUGUCAACGCCUGAACUAAAUAUUAUUCACUGCGAUUUGAAACCUGAGAACAUUUUGUUGUGCAAUCCUAAAAGAAGUGCCAUCAAGAUUGUGGAUUUUGGAAGUUCAUGUCAGCUUGGGCAAAGGAUUUACCAAUACAUCCAAAGUCGGUUUUACCGUUCACCGGAAGUACUUCUAGGCGUGCCUUACGAUCUUGCAAUUGACAUGUGGAGUUUGGGAUGUAUUUUGGUCGAAAUGCACACCGGAGAACCACUCUUCAGUGGGGCAAACGAGUUUGAUCAAAUGAUGAAAGUUGUCGAGGUUUUAGGCAUUCCUCCAAAUCACAUGUUGGAAAGUGCGCCUAAAGCUAGGAAGUUUUUCGAUCGCUUACCAGAUGGUACAUACGCUUGUAAAUCUAGUAAGGACGGUAAAAAGGAAUACCGACCGCCGGGAACAAGGAAACUACACGAUAUUUUGGGAUGCGAGAAAGGCGGACCGGGCGGCAGAAGACAAGGAGAAUCUGGACACUCACUUCAAGAUUAUUUAAAAUUAAAGGACCUUGUUUUGCGCAUGCUUGAAUAUGACCCGAAAGCUCGAAUAGCGCCGUACCAAGCUUUGCAACAUUGCUUCUUCAAAAAGACUGCUGACGAAAGCACAAACACCUCGCAUUCAGCGAAUUCUUCUCCCGCCUUGGGAGGUACGACGAAUAGAACUUCAAGCACAACCAGCACUGCGGUGUCCAGCAGUGGCACACGCGCAUGCUCCGACCCUACUGUGCACGCGACUGUGACGUCAUCUGCCAUGGAAUGCGACAGCCCAAGUGGAAAAGGACCACAGACAUGGGGCAAUGGGGGCGGAGGGAUGUCAUCGCAAUUUAAAAGAACUAAUGAGAGAACUUGUAAUAAUUCCGAUUCGAGAAUCGCUGGGCAAGGAAUUCAACAAACUGCGACGUUGCCAGGGGCUCGCAGUGAAGGCUCGUCAGCCUACAGCUCCGCCUCAAUUAACACAUCUCUUCACAGCGGCGAGGCAGGACGAAGCCAGGGACGAGACUUCGGUGUCAGUGGAGGAGUAUAUUGCAGCUCAGAAACUGUUUCUAAUUACUCGUCGUCUUCAUCUUGCAAUUCAAUGACUGUUGAGCCUCAUGGAUCAGCUGUGGGUAGCUCUCUCCCCCCGGAAGCGUUUACGCAACUCAACUACUCUGCAACGAACUUGUCACUUAAUCCGGGGGAACAUGAAGUUAAUUGCGUGGGAUCAUCCACGACAGUUCCUAAUUCGGUGGCUAAUCCGCGGGGGAUUUCAGUGGGACACCGGAGGGAUUUUGUACGGCAGCAUUCACCGGGAGACGAAUCCCCUAUGGUUGGGGUUUGCGUUCAACAAAGUCCGGUGGUUAGCAAUUAGGGAUCCCGAAAAAAAACCUGGCAGUCGAUGACAUACGCGGUGACGACGCCCACCCGCCUGGUCCUGCUCUGUUCCGCUGCCCUCUGCCCCAUAAAUUUGCGGGCAAUGUUCCUCCGGUAGGAAUUUGAGGGCCGUUUUCUUCUGUACACCGUAAGUUGCCUGUAUAAGGGGAAAAUCCCCCUCCUUGGCGGAACAAGGGGCAUAGAAUACCGGGUUUUCGACUACGGCUGUCCCGCCCCCUUUGAUGCCUCCAAACCUCCAAAAAUGGCGUCAACGCCGUACAGUGUUCUAAGAAUGCGCAUGCGCUUGCGAUGCCAGCCGCUUAAUUCUUAUCUCUUGUAUAGACGUGCAGCUACUAGCCCGUGCGCGCUUGCCUUUUGACAGCUAGCUGCUGUAGUUUUCGUCUUUUUUCGAUUGCCUUCGGGGGAAAUGCGUCUGAAAUGAUUUUUCUGAUUUGGAAUGGUUAUGUGAGUUUGGGGAGAGUGUUUUAACGUUUUGUCUAUUCCUUUCGAUGAUUAUAACACUCCUCAACACGACAUGAAUUUUUCCAACGUUCAGAGUGAAGCUUGACUGUUUUAAAACAGAAAAUUUGUCAUACCUGGAGAAUUUGUUGUUGUCUUGGAACUUCAUUUGAAACUUGUUCGACUCUAGGGAUUUGUUUAGUCUUGGAUGACAUUUUUGACCCAAUUAAUUUGCUUCACAUUUUACCGUUGAUGUUCAUAUUGUUUUGAUGUGCUCAAGUUUUUAACAGCUGCCAAAUCAUUGGUAAUUGAAAGAGUCAUCCUUUUUUUUGCCAAGCUUCGAUGAUGCGCAAAGAUGAUCUUUUGUCAUUUGUUUUUAUUCUGUUUGGACUCAAAUACUCGUCCAUUUGCUACCUUUUAAAACUUUGUUUUUAUUUGAUCAUUUUUUACCUGGCAAGAGAAAUCUUGUGUGACAACUCGCAAGUCUUGGGAAUUUUUUGGUGUUCAUCUUAGGCCAGUCUGUCAAAAUACGGUUAACUUAUUGGGAGUCUGUUCGUGUCACGUUUUCGAAGCUGUGUUCUCAACCAAAAAAUUUUGGUUUUGUAGCCACGUAGCAAAAUAACACUAUGUAAUACUGAAGUCGCACAGAAUCGUGAUCAGCCCUUAUAAACAGCAUCGGAAUAUAUUAUUUUAGUCUCGAUUUACCAUAUUUUAUUGAUAAUAUUUCAUGUAAUUUAUUUAUUUAUUUUAGUGGCUCUAGGACCGGCAUGAAAACGUUCGAUGCGAACAGACCUCGUCCCCCGUCCCCCGUCCC